AUGGUAUCAGCAAAAUCUGCCAGUGGAGAAGGUGCACAUCCUAAAAAAUGGCUUAUUGCUUAUAAUUCAAUUUCUUCUUCUUUAUGGACAAUUGUAUUUUUUAAUACUAUAUUCUUAGGUUUAUUAGUAGGACAACCAUACUUAUUUGAAAAGACCAAUUUUAUUACAACAUUAAUUCAAACAUUUGCAAUAAUUGAAAUUUAUAAUUCUGCUACUGGGAUUGUUAAAUCUCCAAUUUUUACUACGACAACUCAAGUAUUUUCAAGAUUAUUAAUCGUUUGGGGGAUUUGUCAAUUAUUACCUGAAUCUCCUGCCAAUUAUCAUUGGAUUUAUAUUAGUUUAAAUUUAAGUUGGUCAAUUACUGAAAUAAUUAGAUAUUCUUAUUAUGCUGCUAAUCUUAUGGAUCCUCAAUCUGUACCUGAUUGGUUAACUUGGUUAAGAUAUACUACAUUUUAUGUAUUAUAUCCUACUGGUGUGGCAUCUGAAACUUAUAUGAUUUAUCUUUCAUUAGAUGAAGCAGCCAAUGUAUUUGGAGUAUGGCUUAAAUAUGGUUUAAUUGUUAUUUUAUUUACUUAUAUUCCUGGUUUCUAUAUGCUCUAUACUUAUAUGAUUAAACAACGUAAGAAGGUGUUAGGUAAAUCUAAAGUUACAGAAAAGAAAUCUCAAUAG